GCCAUCAUGUCACCUAGUCACAUUAUCAUUAGCAUCAUUCAGCUACCACUAGCGGGCGAGCGGACAUACCACAACGUGGAGGACGACUGGGCCGAUGCAAAUGUUCCUGAAGAGGGCUAUUCGGGAGUGUUGUGCAAAGCAUGGCGUGCAGGCGACCGACAUCGGAGUCCUCCCCCAGGGAGAUAUAGGGCACGACUUGAAGCGCCGCGACCUGCUCGGGCUCGUCUUCAUCCACUUCGCCAACAACAUGACCAACGAAAGCCUUGCCGUGGCCGCAAACGAGGCGCUGCUGGACGAUCUAGCCGCGCUGCUGCAGAUGCCUAAACAGGAUGCGGUGUGGCUAUUGCAGGACUCAGCUCUCAUGUGA